AUGAUAAAUUUAAAGAAUUUAGAUUUCCAUUUAGGAAAUUUAACUGAGUCCAACAGAUGUUUAAAUCAUGAAGAGAAAUUAGGCGUGGUAUUUGGAAUGACGAACUUAGAAGAAGAAGUAAAGAAAGAAAUAUAUUUUUGGGGUAAAAUUGAAGGUAUAGAAAAUGACUAUUAUAUAGCAUACCAUUUUAAGGAUGAUGAUUUUUUUCCUAAAAAGGUAUUUUAUUAUUGUAAUGAUGAUUAUAAAUUUCAUGAUUUAAUAAAAGGUAAUGAUAAUUUGAUUGAAAAACUUGAGAGAAAAAUGCCAUUUACCUUAUUCAAUGGUAUACCUAAUAGUUUUUAUUCAAAGGGUUCGAUAUGUAAAAGGAAAGAAAAUGAUAAUAAUAAUGAUAAAUAUACUGAUGAGACUGAAACAGACGAUGAAAAUAGCGAAAGUAAGAAAAGCGAAAACGAAAGUGACGAAGAAAAUAACGACGAAAGUAAUGGAGAAAGUGGUGAAGGAAGUGAGCAAAGUUGGAAUGACAAUAAUUUAGUUAGCGAUAGCCCAGAAAAUGAUAAACAUGAAUAUAAAAAUAAAGGCAUAAAUGAUAAUGAUAUAAAUAACAGCAAUAAUAAUCGAAACCAUAAAAACAAAAGUGAAAGAAAAAAUGAUAUAAUAGAACUUGAAAGACUAUCUUAUGUCAUAAGAAAAAUAGACAACGAAACUUUUAUCAUUCCUCAUGACUCUAUUAAAAUAACAAAUAACAUGGAAAUGAAAUUUUCCAAUUUUUCAGGGCUAAAUAUUAUUGAUGCACUAAAAUUAACAUCAUGGGUUCAUUUUAGAUAUCCUAAAAACCUAACGUCGGAUAAAAUAAAAAAUUACAAUACUUUUUUUUUAAAUAACUUUUUAGAUACUAUUAAAUCAGAUAUCCCAUCAAAUGCGUGGAAUAUUAAAAUUAAUAAAGAAUUAAAUAAAAUAUCCAUAAUAAAUUUUUUGUAUCCUGGCUACACAUUUUAUCAUACUCUCAAUACACCUUUUUAUGCUUCAAUUUACAUAGGAAAUGGCUUGCCUAACCAUGACCUACCUUUUUUAUUACCAUAA